GUAAGUUAUAAUUGAAGGUACAAAGAAAUUAAAAGCAAACUGUCUUUUAUCUUCGAAUGAGUACGUUGUGAGUGAAGUGGUACAAAAAGACUUUGUGAUAUCGUAAAUACAAUGGUGAAGGAAAAUAUAAAUACAGUGUCAAAAACAAUUGAUGAAAUUGGAAAUAAUGAAGUGGAUUUGGAUCAAGCACUUAAUGUGGCAGGCCUCGGCUGGUAUAACAUAAAAUACAGUCUUGCGCUGGCGAUGUUCCUGGUAGCUGCCCUUAUCGAACCGACGGGAUACUCAUUUCUACUGCCGGCCGCUAAAUGUGACCUUCAGAUGACAGACGCGCAGCGUGGGUUCAUCGGAUCCAUUCCUUACAUCGGUAUAGUUAUAACGUCAUUCCCGUGGGGCUACCUCGUGGACACGCGCGGAAGAAAGUGGAUGAUUAUUUACAGCUCAGUUGCUGCAGGUGUAUUCGGCAUAAUCGCAGCCUUAAUGCCUGAUCUCACUAGUUUUACUAUCUUCAAAUUUUUAUCUUCUCUAUGCAUAGCUUGUCCAGCCGCUGUGCCAUACUCCUUCAUCGGUGAAAUAUUGCCAGCACGAUACAGAGAUAUUACACUGUCCAUCACCAAUGCCAUGCAAAUAUUUGGAUCUGCCAUAAUACCCUUGGUGGCGUGGGCGAUACUACCACUCAACUUUCGCGUCGACUUUGGCUUGUACGAGUUCCGACCUUGGAGGUUGCUCGGUAUCAUAUACUCGAGCUCUUUCCUCAUAAGUGCCGCUUUGUUAUCUUUCGGCCCAGAGAGCCCCAAAUACCUGGUCUCACAGGGCAGGCACGACGAGUCGCUGCAAGUCUUGAGGAAAAUAUACUCGGGGAACAAACGGCAGCCGGCUGAAAAUUAUCCUGUGAGAAGAUUGAAAUUACCGGCGCAGGAUCAAAAGGAAAAGCCUUCAUUCGUGCAGUCUCUAGUGAAACAAACAGUGCCUUUAGUUAAGCCACCGUAUGUGAAAUGGAUGGCUCUAAACGGAACACUAUUUUUCGGAUUAUUUUCCACCUUGAAUGGCCUGUAUAUGUGGUUACCAGAUGUCCUCAACAGAGUCUUGACAGGGGACAGCGCCGGUUUAACCGCAUGUGAAGUUAUUGCCCAAAGGCUAAACGAGACGACCGUGAUAGACGCAGUAUGCGACGACUCUAUCACCCCCAUGACGUUUAUGAUAAACACGAUCGCCAACAUUUCUUGCGCCUUCAUCGCUCUUGGAAUCAGUAGCACAGUCAGAUUACUGGGGAAGAAGACCCUACUGAUCUUAGUCUAUCUGAUAAUAGGCUUGUUUUGUAUAUUCAUCAAUGUGGUCACUCAAGACAUAUUGUUUGCGUUAUUGCUUUCCUCGCUGCCACUUACAGGACUUGCGAUCGGGCCUGUAAACGCCUUUGCUGUGGAGAUUUAUCCUACGAAUUUAAGAGGAAUGGCUAUAAGUCUUUCCAUGAUGGUCGGACGGCUAGGCUCCAUAGUGGGCACCAACAUCGCCGGGGUACUGAUCAACGCUGCGUGCGAAGUUACCUUCUAUUUCUUCGGAGGGAUGUUGAUAUGUUGUGCAGCCCUCGCGUUGCUGCUACCGAAAUCAAAAGGCAAGCCGACCGAGAAGACACAGAAUGACAUAACACAUCUUUAGGAAAUAAAAUUGAUACGUAUAAAUUAGCGAAAUAUUAAAUCUCCUUGUCGCCAAAGCCAUAAAGUAGUUAUUAUUAAUUAGUUAAUAAAGUACUUAUUAUAAUUUUUACACAAAGUGGA